UGAGCCUCAAGUCUCUGAUUCAGCCAUUCAGGCCCAUGCCAAACUUUAUCGAUGCAGAAAACAGUCCAAUCAAGCAGCAAUUAGAGUACAAAUUUCGGAAACACAAUCCACUCAACAACGGUAAUAUUUUCAAAUUAAAACCCUAUUUGAACAAUAAUCUCAUGAGCAAAGAAAUCAACAAUCAACAGAGAGCUCUUCAAGCAUCAUCAUCCAGAAAUCAAAAAAUGGAUUCCGAGCAGCCGUACGAUGUAUCGGAAAGCGAUAGCGACUACGAUUCCGAUGAUUCGCAAGAUGAUCCAACUUUUGAUCUUCUUGAGGAGACACAAUCCUCUCUUUCAAAACUCUCAAUCAAAAAACAGAAAUCUAUGGAUAUGUCUGCCAGGCGGAAUGUUUCUAAGACAUUGGAAGAUUGCGUUGAGGAAGAGAAGGAUCUGGACGAGAUAGUACCAGAGCUUGAUGAGAAGGAUAAAAAAAGCUAUGAAACUGUUCAGAAGAUAAUCAAAGCUGGUCAGAUUGAGAAAUUGAAAGUGGAGCAAUGCAAGGUUUACCUAAGGAAAAACGGGCUGAGAUUGACGGGUACCAAAGAUACACUUAUCGAGCGCAUUAAAGAGCACACUGACAUCCUCGAUGGUCGUGGAGAGGAAAAGUAUCCCCCAUCUAGUUUUGUAUUGAACUGCAAAGGGGACGCGUGCACUGGGGAUGUUGUUAUGUUUGAACAAAAUGUAUAUGAAAUGUUCAGCAUUGCAUCCAGGAGUGCUACUGGCCCUCCCUGUGGAACAAGAAUAGUAGCAGGGCGGAUUGUGAAGGAGAGCUAUGGUGCUAAAAAGCAGCAACAUACCUUUACGGUUGAGGUAUUGUGGAGUAAAGGGGAAAAACCGCUGCCUCCACUUCAUCCUCUCCUCAUUAAGGGCAGAAACCUCUAUAGAUUAAAAACAUUGCGACAGAAAUGGGACGAUGAAGCAGAACGGCAGAAAAAUUUAUCAGAGAAGCAUGCCAGAGGUUCCGUAGCUCGAUCUAGCAGGGAAACACGUGUCCAAGAGAAGGAAAUGCGAAAGAUGCGAAGGGAAAACAGGGUAAGCACAGAUUACAAGGAGAAGAAAACAGUAGCUGAGAGUAAAGGGAAACAGCUGCAUUCUCGCUCGAUGAACUCUUUAAACAAGAAUGAUCAGCCUCAGGUAGAAGUGGUGUACAACAGCCAAAAAGAUGAACAAAAGCAAUUCAGAAAUUAUACAAAUGUAGUCAUACAGGAAAAUGUCUUCCCUAGAGAAUAUAGGCCAGAAGAAAGGCAUAAUCAGAGGCAGCCUUUGACUAAUGUGAACCUGAAUGAUCCUAGUUCUAACAGGGAGAAGCAUAACUCAAAUAUGCAUAUGCAUAACUCAAAUAGGCAUAUGCCAAUGUGGAGGGGCCCUAGCUAUGGAGGUAACACAAACAAUUUUAAUAUUCCAACGUGGAGGGGCUAUAGUGAUGGAAGCUACAACAACUGCAAUACUAGUAGAAGUCCAUUGCGAGGACGUGGUCAUAUGUAUACAGGAGGUCAUGGUCAUUCACAAAACUAUAAAUCUCCACAAAGAACUGAGAAUUGGCAAGCAAGGAAUGGAAAGCGUCCAUUUCAAGGACAGCGCGAGGAACAGAAGCCUUGCCACUUUUAUGCUCAAGGAAGAUGCUACUAUGGGCAUAGUUGCAAGUACUUGCAUGAUUCUGUAGAUAUUUAAACAUUCAGGUGAAAGAGCAGCAAGUAAGGAAGCUUUGAGAGAUCUUCAUAGAUCAACUAAUUUUUGGUCCCUUUUUUUGGGUGACAAAUCUUUUGUCUCAGGGAUACUGUUAUUGUUCACAAAAUGCUUGAAGAACAAACUAAUUUUUGAUUUUGUUGAA